CAUGGGCCGUAUUGAACGCAUACACCAUUUUCCAAUGAGCGCUGCGUCCUAUGCUGGAUGGUGUGCCCACCCUCCCCGUCUGCUUUGAUGGCAAUAGACCAUGGUGCUCCUCUCUCCCUCUUCCCUUCUCUCCUCUCCUCUCCACUCCAGACCCGUCACGAUGUAUCCCAACACUGCUUGCGAAUAGGCUUUAUGCUUCAAAAGUCAAAAAUAUCAUUACAACAUACCCCGUCGUCAAAUCUGCAUUUUUCUAAGAUCACCCAUACAGUAUCUAACUCAUUCCACACGUCGCCAACCACGUCGUCCCUCGCCUCCUCCACCCUGUUUUAUUGCCUCCUUCGUCAUUCUGUGAAUCCGAAACCAUAA